AUGUCAGGCGUCACACGGAACGACCCCGAGUCCCCGACGCGGCAAUUUCUUUGCGCACUGAACGACCUGGACGCAACCAUGUCUUCCUCUGCCUCAUGCUCACUCUCCUCUCUCGCCGUCGCGUCUCCCAACCAAGCCGACGCACCAAACCACUCCCCAGUCACCUCAUUUCCAGACCGCUCCUUAAAGCCGUCGCUCCGUAGUCCGCUUCCGCGUCCCACCUCACCGUGCUUUCACGCCGGCUUACUUUCAGUUCGGCCGGCGUUCACCCAACGUUACCGUGGCAGACUGAAUCCGUCAGUGCCGUCAGCAUCCUCCCAGCACACGCUACCGGCGUCCUCCCGGCAUUCUCACUCGGCUGAACGAGGACGAAGUCAUGCUCAUACCGGCAAGUACCGGUCCAAUAUUGAAGAGGGUCGAACGGUCGUCUCUCCUGCGACCGACGCCGCGCCCCGGCAGGGAUCCGUUGAGGACAAAAGACCUGCCACGUCACCAGGAUCUGUUCGGUCCGUCGCCAACGGCUGGGAUGAGCUGGAUAAUCUGGAGGACAUGACGCACCGGGAGCGGAGCCAGGCGCAACAGGCGCAGCAGGUGCGGCAGCACGGGGAACAGUACGAGGCGCAGCAGGUUCCGCCACAGCGGCGAUACUCCGAGGCCGCGCGUGCAUUUGAGCCGGAGGUGGUUUUCGAGGGGCCUAACGAGGGCGGCGGGGAGUGGAAGCGAGCCGCAGGCCGUGUGUGGGAGUGGAUAGCUGUAAAGAGCGGAAGCGGCGCCGGCGGCGCGGGGUCGUUCUUUGAGCCGUUGUCCGCGAAAUAUUCCGCUGAUAGCAUUUCGCCUUGUUCCGAGGGAGGUUUCGCGGAUCUCGUGUUGCUCGCGAUUUUCCGCGUCGUGCGCUUCUUCCGCCGGGCGGCUGCUUCGCUCAGCGCCGCCAUCGUCGCCGCGCUGCCGUCGUCUUCCCAAACAACACUGAUCAAGGCCGUAGUUGACGGUGCGCUGCUGCUCUCAGGAGUGUGGCUGCUGCGAGGCGUCUUUGAGGUCACAUGGCGACUGAGCUCCGUCGCGCUCCUCUCUCUCCUCCCCGCGCUCGGCGCCAUGACCCUCAUCUCCGCCACUAACGCUCCGCGCCAACCGCACUCCGCGCCUUUCUCCGCGCACCCGCGCGCUCCCGCGUUCGCCUCCGGCCCCCCUCCCCCUCCCCCUUCUCCGCCACCCCAGGGCCGCCGCCAGCCUCCCUAUUCUGACGUUCAACCCGUCCCUCGUAGAGUCGCUUUCGUCGAAGCAAAUUAUAGCGCGUACAGAGAUAACGUAUCAUGGGACGAGGGCGUGCGGUACAGGGCAGGGGAAGGAGUUGGGAGGCGGAACGGACGAUUUGAGCGGUGGGAGGAGGUGAGCGACGACGAGCUAGGAUUCGGAUAUGCGUCGGAUGGGGACCGCGAUAGUAGCCCGAACAGAGUAGAGAAUGAAAACAGCCCGAGAGGAGCAGACGCAGAGGAGACUUCGAACCCUAGCAUCGAUUCGGGUGCUUAUGUGUCGGCUGCUACCCAAGCGAUUGGACGAGCCGUAGCCGUGGGUGAUGCUGACGAUCGGCCACGGGCAGCUGCUGACGUCAGUCCAGCGCCCGCGUUUACCAAAGCAGUCCCUGGAGGGGAUAGGGACAUGAGUGGUGUGCAAGGAGUGAAUAGACCUGGCAGGGGCAGCGGGCAUAUUAGCGUGCCUAGGAUUGAUAGAGCUGGAAUGCUGGUGGAGGAGGAAAGUCUAGCGGCAGCCUCAGGUGCAGUCGUAGGUGCAAGUUCAGAGAUGAAAGCAUGGAACGAGGCUUUUGUCGCUAGUGCUCCGCGCCUAGGCCCUACUUAUGGGGAUGGUGCUCCUGCUGCUUCCGCUGCUCGUGGCGUGGGCGGGUUUCACGACGUAGACCCUGCUUCCCCUGUGUCGGACGAUUAUUUUUCACCCGUGCUGCCCGAUUCUGCUGCUCAUGCUGACGCGGCGAGGAGGCUGGAAGCCGUCCGAUUGGACCUCAAACGCCACGUGGCUGCUGAAUCGGCUUAUUCUUCUUCUGCUCCUCCUGUUGCAGCACCGCCUGCUGUUACUGCCCCAGCUGCCGCUGGCAGUACUGCUAGGGUACCUGACGCGAGCAGAGAGGACGACAUGAACCUGAACGCGGUCUUCCUUGAGAAUUUCUGCGAGUGGCCGCGCAAACGCGUGGCUGUGGCUGCUGCUGGGAGCAGGGCGGACCCGGAUCUUCGAACAGAUAGGGCGGGGCGGCCGGACAAGGCCGACUGGGUGGGGCCUGGUGUGGGGAGAGCAGGUGCGGGAGGGGGGAGCAGGGCGGUGCCUGUGAGUGCGAGUGGCGGUGUGCAUCCAGGGCAGUGGGAUGCGCACAGCAGUGCGGUGGGGGGAGAGACAGAAGGCAUGGUUCAGGAAAGCAAGAAGAGUGUUCCUGGGGGAACUGGCUUGGGCCUGAGCCUGGACUCGUUAGGGCUGGAUGCGCUGGGGUUUGACGCGUGGCAGGCGUUCAUGUGGGCGUCCGACAGGAUCUACGGCAGCAGCUAUGGGGACUAUAGCUUCCACCGCAGGCAGGAGGGGACAGGGGGAGCAGGGGGAACAGGGGGGGCUGGCGGGCCAAGGGUAGAAGGGUUGCGAGGGCAGCAGCAGGCAGGGCAGGGGGGGUUGUCUGGCAGCGGGAGGGGUGUGGCAGGCUGGGGUAUGGGAGGUGUGGGUGGGAUGGGGGGGAUGGGGGGAAGGGGAGGCAUGCCUUUGACGGUUUCCAGAGGAGAGAGGCAGCAAGGAGGUGGUUGGCCCAGCAGCAGACGGCAGGGGAAGCGCUCAGAGUGGGACUUGGACCUGAAUAGCAUGCCUUGA